ACUCUUUGCGACUCUUCUAUGCGCUUUACGGUACUCGUUACAAUACUUCCGCCCGAAGAUGCGCUUUGUUUACACGGAUGCUAGUUACCUGAGAGCAGCACUCAAGAUGGCUACGCCAAGCCAGCGGUUGGUUACCUCGCUGCGUUGAAGUCCCCAGGCUGCCGUCGUGGAGCCAUAGUGGCGUGUCUUCUCCCGUUGUUGAGUAUUGUUGUCGGCCGACCCGCACAGUCAUGUCGAGCGGCGUAGCUCUCCACACCCAGAUAGGGUCCAUCAUCACCGCCUUGUGCAACGCCGCCGCGGCUCAGAUAGCCAAAGUAGUGGAGGACGGCAUGGUGGUGCUUCGCCUGGAGGUGUCCCAAAGAGAACACGAGAUCAGGAGGCUCAGGAGCAGCGUGGAGGUGCUGCACGGCGAGCUGAGAGCCGCCAGACGCACGGCCGACCUCCGAUCGCAGACCCGCGGCUUGGACGAGAGUCUGAGCACCAAUGAGGCUGAGAGGACAGGGCCUGAAAAGAUCCCAAGUGACUUUCCGAAUCUUGAGGUUCCGGUGAAGCGAGAGCCCCUGGAAGAGGAGAGCAUUGCAGUCGGAUGCAGUCGACCCAGACAGCCAGGAGAUGAGCUGAACCUGUACAAGCAUGAUGGAGCUCAGUGGAGGCGUCGGCAAAACCAGUCCAGUAAUUCCCAUUUGGCAGCUUCCGAGUCUGUUGUGGACACCCGGAUGGGCGCCACACCGUGUAGCAACCCGCCUGGUCGGGGGCCGCACCGCAUCCUUUACAACAACAUGCGCAGGAGAAUGGUAAAUCGCUUCAUGUUCAAGAGAGGCUUUGCGUGUCCGUUCUGUGGCAAAUGUUUUGAGCAUUCCGGAAACCUGGAGCGACACAAACGGAUUCACACGGGAGAGAAACCGUAUCGCUGUGAGAUCUGCGGAAGACGCUUCAAUCAGAAGUGCAGCCUCAAGGAGCACAUGAAGAUUCACCAGAGAUGUUUGCAGUCCGCACCAGCUGACAUCCACAAGGCCGCAGUGACACAAAUCCAAGCUCAGAAUCACAGUGCUGACACCCAACGGCCAGCAGAGGGAGACCUCACAUCCACGGAUGAGCUUGUUUCUGCCACAAUGUUGGAAUCUUCCCAGACAUCAGCUCCCGUUAAGGCGGAGCCUGUGGAGGAGAGUGUAACACUGCCAAAAAGGGAAGAAGUCGAGAGUGUCAGCGAUGGCCAGCAGAGGUCGCCCAGAUUACUCGGACCAACCAAUGGUCCCGAACAAGCCGAGAGACCAACACAGGAUGCCAUUUCCUUCCCGGGAACUGCUCAGUUAGUCCCGCCACACUUGGAGGCUUCUUGUAGCACCUUCUCAUUCCCGGGGAAACCUUUCGGAGAAGUCAACAACCACAUGGUGUCGCAGCCACCUUAUGCGGCACCGAAAUCCCGCCUCAUGGCCGGCGACGCUGUGAGCUGCGAGCCCUUGAACCAGCCCCGCAACGGCACAAGCUCGUUUUACCAGGUGUCGAGACCAAAGAAGUGCUUCAUCUGCUCGUACUGCGGGAAGAUGUUUGUGCGUGCCGGACACCUGGAGCGCCAUUUACGCAUCCACACAGGCGAGAAACCGUACGGCUGCCACAUCUGUGGGCGCUGCUUCAACCAGAAGUCUAGCCUCAAGUGUCACAUGAAGACCCACAGAAACGACAAGAGCACAGAACAACACGCUGCAAAUCCUGCAAUGAUGCCCGACAGUCGACUGCAGGAGAAGGUGCCGGAAGCCAAAAGUGGACCAGUGGCCUUGGGUGACCAGCUAACAGGAUACAGUAAAACAGGAAGGAGUGAUGCUUUUAAUUUAAACCACAACAACUACCCAACGCUGGGCUCUGUUGCGGGAACUGCGAGCGAGUGGCGUUCCGUGAAAGAGCUGCCUUUCCUGGAUGGCAAAGUGAAGAUGGAUAUGCUGCCGAUGGAUCCGUUCUCCCAGAUAGGGAUGCAAGCUCAACGCUCCGAUUUGAUCCUAGGUCCCGAUUGCGACUUUGACCACGAGACAAACUCUGGGAGAAAUGGAACUUCAUUGGAGUUCAGUCUGCCGUCCUUCGGUGACCAAGAGGAGAACGGCAGCGAUGCUGCUAGCGCUCAGAACUGCUACAUUUGCUCCGCGUGCGGGCAGAGUUUCGACAGUUUCACUUUGUUUGAAAGGCACCAGUGCAAGCCCACUUGAGAGCAAAUAGGCUGCCGGAUCUCCAACAAACUUAAAGUGCACAAAAACAUGAGUAGCUUCACUGCCAUUGGCCACCAGGCCUUCCAUCUCCAGCUCACUCCUCCAUCUCUCCAUCACAAUGUCGUAUGUGAACAUCAAUGUCCACGAAAUGGAGGACAGCUUUAUUAUUUUGGUGAGCAUUUUUUGCCCACCAAUCAACACACUGCACUGUGUGUAGUGACUAGAGACUUGAGACAAUGCAAAGAAGUAGCGGAGUACCAAAUUGUAUUGCUUUGUAUCCAGACCAGCGACCACAAUCAUUUUCUUUUCAAAAUAAAGUUCCUGUUCUUUUUUAGUUUUUUUGGGCAGCAUUGAAGACUAAAACCCUUCAGAACUCCAAUGAAAAGAAUCAAUGAUUGAUACCAUUUUAAAUGCCAGAAUCCCCCCCCUCUUCCCAAAUUACCCCCGUCUUUUCAUUUUCAUGCCGGGUUUGAUUAUACCUCAAAUGUGUCAUUUAAUGUCUGGAGUGUCACAUGACCGCGACUUCAUUGUUUUCGCAAGCAAGCAACACACUUAGCAUUGCCAUUAUUAUUAUUAUUAUUAUUAUUCAUUCAUUCAUUUUCUACCGCUUUUCCUCAUGGGGGGUGCUGGAGCCUAUCCCAGCUGUCUUUGGGCGAGAGGCGGGAUACACCCUGGACUGGUGGCCAGCCAAUCACAGGGCACAUAUAGACAAACAACCAUUCACACUCACAUUCAAACCUAUGGACAAUUUGGAGUGGCCAAUUGUGGGAGGAAACCGGCGUACCCAAGCAUGCACGGGGAGAACAUGCAAACUCCACACAGAGAUGGUCUGCGUGCUAACCACUGGACCACCAUGCCGCCAUUAUUAUUAUUAUUAUUAUUAUUAUAUGGUUACAGAGCAAUAGAAGUUCAUCCAAGCUUACUCUUGACAUUAUGGGAUGUUCUGGAGGGCCAAGAAUUUUAAUGUUGUGUGUAAUGACGUCAAGUGUGCUCAUCAGGAAGGUUGAUUGUCAUGUAGUGUGUCAGGUCUGGUACCUAAAGAGCAAAUGAAUGAAUAAAAUGUGUUUCAGUAGCUUUUCUAUCUUGAAGCAAAUAAAUAAAUAAUUCAAUGUUUGUUUUAGGAGAUAGAGAUCGCACCUUUACAGACGCAGUAUUAAAUCAUGUUUAUUGCAGAAUAUGAUCCUCAUUCUGGUUUAAAGACAGUGAUUGUUAAUAAUUUGUCUUUUAUUAUUAAGGGUCCACAUCAUAGCUCAAGAUGUAUGGUUUUUGUUGUAUAUUUUCACAUAUUUGAAGAAUGAGCCUGCUUUUUGUCUAAUGCUGUUUCACUUGGAUUGAACUUUGAAAUUGGUUUGUUUUUAUUAUCAGUGCAGCUAUUUUAAAUUGUUGUUACUCUUUGUGCUUCCGUACAAAACACCUGAACUGGUGGAUUUUCGUCAAAUCUGCUUAUUGUUUGUUAUUGCUUGCAUUGUCAUUGGUCAGUCUUCUCAAUGGCUCAUUGUUUGUUCUUUUUAGUGUGUCAAUGAGACGUUCUUUGUUCUUUUGUUAAAUCUGUCAUUUUUGCUUAUUGUUGUACAGUUAAACACACCAAAAGAAGAUACACAUUUGUAUGUAGUAGAUUCACAAGUCAUUGGUUUAAUAACUGCUGUUAGCAUUUUUCACACCAGUGGUAAGUAGCGAUGGCCGGCCACCUCUUAACACCUGCUGAAGUGCUUUUGUGCAAGGUAGGAAACACACCACACAUUUUGUCCACUAAAACAACUUAUCGCAUUAUAUCAAA